GUGCCUGCUGGGGCUGCGGGCAACUCUGCCCUGCUGCACCUCCUUCCGUCGUUUCCGUGUGCCUUCCCGCGGGUCGCCAGCGUCCUUCAGGCGCUCCUCGUCGAUGCGACGGCCCGCGACGGGGCAGUGGCAGUGGGUGCUCGGGCCGAGGUCGCGCACCGACUCUGCAGACUGGCGCCGCAGCUCCUUCCCCCACGCGCCGCUGGAUGACGCAGCGCCCGGCUGCCCUGACGAGCAGGAGCUGCCCGACUCGGCCGGGUCGAACGCCGUCCUCCGCGCCCAAAUCCGGUGUGCGAUCGGCUUGUCAAGGACUUGCUCCGCGACCUGGAAGAGGAGCGCGCCCGCCGCGCGCCGCCCCUCGCCGUACCCUCGUCUCGUGAUGCUGAGGGGCGUCUUGCAGCCCCUGCAGCCCAGGUCACGCUGUGACUUGUUGGUCGCCAGGCCGCCGCCAUUGAGCCGGCUGCCGGAGGCUUUGCUCGAGCUCGCCAUGAGGGCGUGCUUGCUGGGGGCCGGCAUGGAGGUCGCGGAGGCGGUCGGGGAACGCCAGUGCGGAAUUGGACGCUGCGCCGCGGCGCAAUUGGAGAUCGCCGAGGUCCAGGCGGCCGCGCGGGCCUGCCCGCAGCGCGCGCUCAUCGGCCUCGACAUCCAGAAUGUUUUCGCGCAGGUGCGUUGGGCGGACGCCCUCGAAGUCAAAGCAGCCGUUGCAAAGGCCCCCAUGGUGGCCGUUCCCACGGCCAUCCUCUGGUGGGGCAUCCGGGUCGAGGAGGGCCAUCCCGCUUUCUGCAUGGUCAUCGCCGUGGCAUGGCACGUGGUCGUGACUGGCCCGUGCCUGCAGCCCCGCCAGCUGGAGAUCCGCCAUUGGCCGUGCGUGGGCGAUCGGAAUGUGCAGGCGCCGCUGGCGAUCGACCUACCGCUGCAGCUCGCGCACGGGUUGAUCCUGGUCGUCGCGGAGGCGCGCGGCGACCUGGCCGUGCCGCUCUGCGCGACGGCGUUCCGGAGCAGACCCGGCAGCGCCUGGGCCGAGCGAUUCGCGUUGCCGACGCCGCUCUCGAAACAGUGCGCAAUGAUGCGCUUGGUGCCGCCAGCGGGCGCCGAGCAGGCCCCCGCCGAGGCGGAGCUCCGGCGCGUCGGUCUGCCAGUCCAGUUCGCUGGCCUGCAGGUGGGCGCGCCCUUGCAUAUCACCCCGCUGAAACGGGCGGCGCGGCUCGCUGAGCACGGCCCUGCACGCCGCGCAGAGGUGGCCGCGGUCGCUCGUGACGUCGAGCAGUGCGACGGCGUCGACGACGCGUUUGUGGGCAUUCUGGACGUGCUGCGUGAUUGCGGCGUCGCCGCGCGCCUUGUCAGCGCGGCGGGGCCGACGGCGGGCGCGGCGACCGCUGCCGAGCAAUCUCUGGUCGGCGUCGCCCUCGCGGACAGUGGGCGGGUCGAGGCCGCGCGCUGCGGCCAAGGCAUUCCCUCGCCCUGCCCGCCUAGCGCGCUGUGCUUUGUCGAGGAGGCGCCCGCGCAGGAGCCGUGCCUCGAGCAGCUGGGUGCGCGCGGGGGUCGUGCCGCCACGUGCGAGUGUUGUCCCUUGCGGGCGCGCCGGCGCGACGACUUGGCGGACUCGUGCGCCGACGUCCUGGCAGAGGCCGGCGGGCGCGUCCGCCGCGGGCCCCUGGCCCUUGGGCUCUCCGCCAGCAGUGCCGAGGCAUGGCUGGGCGUCUGA